AUGGAUCCCGAGCACCAGCCUGUCCCGCGACCUAGAGCUAUCCCUUCUCACCUCAUCAAUGGCCAUUCUCCUCUCCACCCAUCCUAUACGGCCGAGCGCGAACGUGAGGAUAGAGAGCAUACGUAUGAGUCAAUAAAAUCCUCAAUGGGGCCUCCUCGAGAGCCAAUAGAUCUCGCAAACCUAAGCUUGAACAAUCACGACCGAACGGAACGGCCAAACGGAUCACAACAAAACUCGGCGCAGCAGUACGAAGAAGUAGAAGAUGCCGACCUCGACGACCUUGACCUCAAAGUCGCAGCCCGGGACGACCGAGACGAGGCACCUCUGACACCACCCGCAACCGCCCGCUCCAUGUCUCCCUUCACCGCAAAUCCCACGAUCGACUUCGAUGGCCUCUCCUGGCCAUCAGCCGGAACCCUCGCACGCCUCCACGAGCGCGAAAGUCCCGAGGACGCCCAAGCAAGAUUGACCAAGCUCUCUGGCGCUGUGAGAACGAUCCUCGAAUGUAUCGGUGAGGAUCCAGAUCGCGAGGGCCUACAUGGGACGCCGGAGAGGUAUGCAAAGGCUAUGAUGUUCUUCACGAAAGGUUAUGAGGAGAAUCUGAGGGAUAUUGUGAACAAUGCUGUUUUCCAUGAGGACCAUGAUGAGUUGGUCAUUGUGAAGGAUAUUGAGGUUUUCAGUUUGUGUGAGCAUCAUCUUGUGCCUUUUACAGGAAAGAUGCAUAUUGGGUAUAUACCGUCACGAAGAGUAAUUGGAUUGUCGAAGCUUGCGAGGAUCGCAGAGAUGUUCAGCAGACGACUACAGGUCCAGGAGCGCUUGACAAAACAAGUUGCUCUUGCAUUGCUAGAAGUGCUAAAGCCGCAGGGUGUAGGCGUGGUGAUGGAAAGCAGUCAUUUGUGUAUGGUGAUGCGAGGGGUACAGAAGACAGGAGCAACGACUACGACUAGCUGUAUGCUGGGCGCUAUGCGGAAGCGAGCGAAGACACGAGAUGAGUUCUUGACCCUGCUCAAUAGAAGAUGA